AUUCUAAUGCCAAUAUACCACACCAUGUCUUGUUUCCUUUCCUCAGCUUCCUACCAUUCUUGAACCAGUCUUGGUCCACGCCUGCGCUUUCUGAGUCUCUCCUUAUAAUCUCUGCUCUUAUCAUUUCCACCAUUGAUCAGUACUCAUUUGCUGCAAGUUUUUAGAAGAAUGGGGCAGAUACAGUUGGUUGUGGCGUUGCUAGUCUGCCUUGGAGUACUCCUCGCUGCCUUUGUUGUUCUGAUACUAUGGAGGUUGAAUUGUUGUUGUAAGAAACGAAAAGAAACGCCGCCGAGGAGGGUCAAUAUUAGGAGUGGCCAGAGCUUGGAGGCCGGAAUAGCAAAGCUUCAUACUAACCAGCAAGAGGGUCUGCAGCAACAUCAUCAGUUUGAUCAUGUGUCUAGUAAGAAAACUGGUAACAACUAUUACAUGUAUGGAAAGUCGUCUGCGCUUUUUAGUUGGUCGGAUCAUCCUUCCUCCGUCACUGACGCCGUCGAAAACGGCUGGUCUCGGUUCGCUUUUGCGACGGCUUACACGUCAUCGCCGUCGACGCGAUCGAGGCGGAUUUUAGGGUUGUGCGCUGUUGGUGAGCAUAGAGUGAGGGAGACGGAGCCGGAGAUUAGUUGGGAGGUUUGUCAAGCCUCGGCGGAUUUCAUGCAGAAGAUCAGAUUAAACUCCGGCCUGAAAAAGGUGUUGAAUUCCGGGAGCACCACCGGAGCUGCUGCCUCUGUGAUUAGGACUGCUCUUCCUUUGCCGGGGCCACCUUUAGGGAACAACUCAUUUCCUCAAGAGGCUUAUUUUGAGAUCACAGUUUUGUUUUCUCUUGGAGAUGAAGUAAAUAGUGAGGGUGAGAAGACCAAGCUCAUCAAAGACAAGUUCAUUGAGAUGUCUAGUUCAGAAUCCUUAGUACAUGUCACUAGUAGUGCGCAGAGAAAUAAUAAAAUUGAGGAAAUGAAGCUUGGUGUUAUAGAUGAACAUGAUCAGAGAAGAGAAGCAGCUGUGUUACUGUCAUUGGGGCUCACUACAGGCGGCUCUCUUCCGACAAAACUUCCCGGCAGCUAUCCGGGAAGUAUCGGAUUCGGAUCCAACGGUGCUGUCCAUCUUGAUGGGAUUAAACUUGCAUUUGAAUCGGAUAAAGCUGCAUGGGGAAGGACUGACCAUGUAAUCGGUUGUGGAUUUGAUCCAAGACAAAAGAAGGUUUACUUCACUGUGGACUCGGAGCUAGUUCAUGUGGUGCAGUGCAAGUCAGAGGAGUUUGGGACUCCUCUGUACCCAACUCUUGCAGCAAACACAGACAUUGAGGUGUUGGUCAAUUUUGGACAAAGUGUGUUCAAAUAUGCACCAGCAAAUGCGCACAGGACCCCCAAUCCCUGCUUUGUUGGUCCUUUAGGAAAUGCCAACUCUCAUGCCUUUUAUGAAGAUAGCAAAGAGCUGUUUUCGAUGGGAAGGAUUGAUUCUCAGUGGCUUAAUCGGAGUACAACCAGAGGCAGCCAGUAUCCAGUCACUGCAAACCGGACGUUGGAUUUUGAUGAAGAGUCCAAUGAUCUAUUCGAGAUUGUUUUGGAUAGUUGUGGAAGAUCCCCAAACCCCGCGUUAUAGAACACAACGUAUAAACAUCACUAAUCGCUGCGUGUGAGUGAGAUGGAUUUGGCUGUCAUUGUUUAGCUUUAGCAUCUGGUAUGCCUUCAUCAUCAGAAUAUACAGAUAGAAACAAGUUCAUACACAAUAUGACAUAUAGAGUUUUCCUUUUCCCCUUGGGAAUCUUUUAUGCUCUGUACUCUGCUCAUUUUGCAAGUGUACAUUUUUUGCCAUUGUAUAUAUACCAAAGUUCUUUCAAUUUUUCCAAUGUU